CAUGAAAAACUAGAACAAUUACCAUAUUACGAUCUCUGCCUUGAGAUGCGAAUGACAAGUCUUCCGAGAAGCAGGGAAUAUAACUCGGAAGACAUGGCGGUGCUUUUUGAAUAACAGCCCGAAGUCAAAAUUCCAGAAUUCCUCCAACAGACCGGAUACAAGAACCCUGAAGGCGCAGUGGGCGGACCAUUCAAUUAUGCCGAAAACUUCCCCGAAUCGCUCUGGGUCUGGGUCGGCCAGGACCAAGAGCGUUUAGACGUCUGAAAUACGUUCAUGGAGGUGGACAGAGGAAGUCGUCCCAGCUGGCUGGAAUGGUUCCCUGUGAAGGAAUGUGUCAUCGAUGGUUUUGAUUGUACGAUCAGCGAUACAUUGCUCGUCGAUGCAGCUGGAGGCCGCGGCCAUGACAUUCAAGCGUUCCUUAAGAAGUUCCCGGAAGCCUCUGGCCGUCUCAUUGUCGAGGACCAGCCACAUGUGAUUGAGGAUAUUCGGGAUCUUGACCAGUCAAUUGAACGGAUCGGGUUUGACUUGUUCGACAAGCAGCCUAUUAAAGGCGCGCGCACUUAUUAUCUCAAAUUCAUCCUCCACGACUGGAACGACGAAGACUGCCGCAAAAUCCCCCACAACAUCGCUUCCCAAUUCAUACUUGCCGACACUGGGUGCGCAAUGCUACCGGCUAUGCCAGACUGGGAGAUGAUGGUCUUCUGCAACAGCAUGGAGCGUACACAAGGUCAAUGGCAGCGUCUGCUGGAAUCAGCUGUGUUCGACAUGAUUCGGCUCUGGAACCCACCUGGUGAUAGACAGGGGAUUAUUGAGGCGGAUUUUGAGGGAAGACCUCGCGAAGUUUCCUACCAGGCGAAUGUGUAAGCUACGGUGCGUGAAGGGCAUAAUCCAAUGAUUAAACAUGGCAGAUAUCUGCCAUGCACGUAUAUAGGGGAUAAUCAACGUCAAGCAUACCGGAUACAACCA